AUGUCCGAUUCCAACCUAGUCGACGGCCCACAAACCGGGUAUUCCAUGAAGCAAGACGGGGCCCGAACCGACACCCGAGAACAAGAAGCCGUCUACGACAUCAUGAGAGCCACCGGAAAUGAUUGGGCCACCGACAUCCCCGACGUGUGUCGUGGCCGUUGGCACGGCAUCGAGUGCAUGCCCGACAAGGACAACGUUUUCCACGUUGUCUCUCUCUCCUUCGGUGCUCUUUCCGACGACACCGCUUUUCCCACGUGCGACCCGACCCGCUCAUCCAUCUCACCCUCCAUCACCAACCUCCCUCAUCUCAAGACGUUGUUCUUUUACCGUUGCUUCAGUUACAAACCCCAGCCCAUUCCACCCUUCUUGGGCCAGUUGGGCCCGUCCUUGAAAACCUUGGUACUCAGAGAAAACGGCCACGUGGGGCCCAUUCCUAUUGAAUUGGGCAACCUAACUCGCUUGAGGGUUCUCGAUCUUCAUAAAAACAAUCUCAACGGCUCUAUACCUAUCUCAUUGGGCCGGAUCACUGGUCUAAGGUCGUUGGAUUUAAGUAGCAACAAACUAACCGGUUCAAUACCCGGUUUAACCUUUCCCGGUUUGAACAUAUUGGACCUGAGCCAGAACCUUCUAAUGGGCUCAAUCCCUUCUACCAUUUGGGACUUCCAUUCUCUCAUCAAAUUGGAUUUCAGCCGCAACCGCCUUGUGGGCCCUUUGCCGGACAAACUCGUGGGCCUGAAAUUCCUUAUGCUUAUGGAUUUAAGCUACAAUAGAAUCCAGGGCCCAUUUCCAGUUUCACUAAGGAGCCUUAGUUCACUUCAAGCCUUGAUCCUCAAAGGAAAUCCAAUGGGCUCGGUGAUUAUACCCGAUGAUGGAUUUGAUGGUAUGAAGGCCCUAAUGAUCCUAAUUUUGUCGAACAUGAAUUUGCAUGGGCCUGUCCCAGAUUCCCUAGGUAGGUUACCAAACCUUCGAGUGCUUCAUCUUGAUGGGAACCACCUCAAUGGAUCAAUUCCAAAGAGCUUCCGAAAUUUAAGAAACCUAAGUGAACUGAGGCUGAAUGAUAAUACGCUAAGUGGGUUAGUCCCAUUUGAUAGAGAAAUGGUUUGGAGAAUGAAAAGAAAGCUAAGGCUGAAUAACAAUUCUGGGCUUUGUUAUGAUCCAAGCAUUGGUUUUGGGGAUAGUAUGGAUCCCACGUUUGAUUUAGGUAUCAGUUUGUGUGACACUUCAAAUCCAGGUUCGGUUAAGACAGUGCAACAUCUUGCAGCUAACGAAAAGAACCACAUCCCAACAACAACAUCGGAUGCUGUCUCGGCUCUGCACUCAUUUGCAAUGUCAUUGAGACUAACUACUUUUGUACUCUUAACUUUAAUUUUGUUGUAA